AUGAAGGAGGAUCCUCAUCGGAUUAUCGAUUGUUGGGUCGGCAAGUUACGGUUCAUCAGUUCAUGGGCGGUGGCAAAGGCGAGUGCUUUGUUUCCGAUUUCAUUUUUCAGCAAUUGGGUAGUUUCCGAUGAGAAUUUUCGGGAUUUAUCGACCCUAGAAUGGAAUGUUGGAGAUGAUGCUUUGAAAUAUGGAUUUGUACAAAUCUGGAUUGCAUUUUCUUCUCUGGGGGAAGAAAUGCGUGAUAACAUAGGCCAAGCAAAGAGCCUCUGUUUGAGAAGUUCUGGAAGUGACUCUCAACCAUUUUGUAUGGCUUUGUUCUUUGAUGCAGCUGCCGACUUGCUCUUAUGGAGGAGACGACAUCUUUCUUUGGGGGUUAUCGUUUUAUCAACUGUAGCUUGGCUCAUAUUCGAGCUUUCAGGACUGCCUUUCUUAUCUGUUUCUUCAGAUGUCUUAUUGAUCUUGAUCAUUGUAUCAUUUGUCCAUGCCCGGGUUUCUGCUUUUAGGAAGAGACGAGCGAAUUCAUUACCAGAGCUUGUUCUAUCAGAGGAGAUGGUGAAUAGUGCUGCAGCUUCAUUCCGUAUAAAACUCAAUCACUUGCUUGUAAUGGCUCAUGAUGUUACCGUUGGCAACGAUUUUCGACUCUUCUUCAAGGUGGUGAUUUGUCUGUGGCUUCUUUCUGCCAUUGGUAGCUAUAUCUCUUUCUGCACUCUUGUUUAUAUCGGGACCAUCCUAUCUGUAACAAUACCGGCUUUGUACAGCAAAUAUCAAAGCAAAGUAGACAAGUGUUGUGGGUCGAUUCACAAGCAGUUGUCUCAUCACUACAAGUUAGUGGACGAAAGUGUGAUAAGCAGACUCUCAUGGAGCUUAUCCAAGGAUAAAGAUUCAUGA